ACAGGUGGCGGGCAAAGCUGCGCGGGGUUCCGAGGGGCCUCGACCACAAUCGGCAGGAAAAAUGCGGGCAGAGUUAAGACGACCAGCGAGUAGCGGAAAGGGGAAGGGACGGUGCGGGGAAAAGCAUGCGACGGGAGCGGGGUGGCUUCUAAUUUUCCUUUCUCUCUCCUCCAGUAACUCACCAAGGAAAUCUCACUGAGAAGACGGGGAAAAUGAAAGGAAAUGGGGAAGCAGUUUCCACGAACCGCUAAAGCCGCCACAGGAGAGGGAGCACCGUACCUCCGGCUAGUUCCCCGGUCCCGCCCCCGCGCAGUGGACGCUGCCUGUGCCUGCCGCGGCCAGCGUACCUCCGCUCCACGCCCACGCCCGGAGCAGCCUCGCGCAGGGCACGUGACCUCUUCUCUCACUGUAGCCUAUCCAAGCACUCCGAGCUCCUCGGGCUCCUCCCCUUCCUCGUCCCGCGGGCUGCCUUGGCCGUGCGUCCGCUUGGUCUCAGCCGAUCGCUCCGCCCACACCGGGAUUGGGUCCUGCUCGCAAAAACGUUAUUGUGAGACGCCUGCGCACUAACUGCGCUUUGCUGUGUCUGCAGUAGGGUUUUUCUUUUUCCCCAGAUACACAGAGAUGAAAAGAGCACAGUUUUUAAGGGAACACCAUUUUCACCCUGUUAACUUUCAAAGGCACGUAAAAACAAUGGCUUCCAAAUGAGCUUCUCUAGUAGAAGGCGAUACAGAAAGAGGGGGAGACCUAGUUUGCAGUGCCGCCCUCUACUUCCUCGUUGCCUAGUAACGGUUUCCACGGCAACCGCACAGUCAACGACGCUUAGCAAUCACGGGAGAAAUAGGGUGUUUUCUUCCCGAGAGGACUGCUAAGGGGGGGUCAAAGGGGGGACGAUGUGAAGGAGGGAAACUGUGGUCCUUGAGAAGGCGAAGAAGAAAGAAAGGGGAAGCAGUGAAGAAGGACAGAGAUACUGGGACAGGGAGAAAAAAGCUGAGAAUAGCUUUUAAGAAGUCAUUUGGUGACCAUGGAUCCAACGUGUCCUUCUGAGUGCAUUUAUAACCUCAUACCCAGUGACUUGAAGGAGCCUCCCCAGCCUCCUAGGUACAUAUCCAUUUUUAAGGCAACUGUAAAAGAUGACAUGCAAAAAGCUAAAACUGCAAUGAAAACUAUGGGACCAGCAAAAGUUGAAGUACCUUCUCCAAAGGAUUUCCUAAAGAAACAUUCAAAGGAAAAAACUCUACCACCCAAAAAAAAGUUUGAUCGGAACGUGCCCAAAAAGCCUGCUGUGCCACUGAGGACUGAUCAUCCUGUCAUGGGAAUACAGAGUGAAAAAAAUUUUAUAAAUACAAAUGCAGCCGAUGUCAUCAUGGGAGUGGCUAAAAAGCCUAAACCAAUUUAUGUUGAUAAAAGAACAGGAGACAAGCAUGAUGUUGAGCCUUCAGGACUAGUUCCAAAGUACAUCAAUAAAAAGGAUUAUGGUGUCACACCUGAAUACAUAUGUAAGCGAAAUGAGGAAAUAAAGAAAGCCCAAGAAGAAUAUGAUCGUUAUAUCCAGGAAAACCUUAAGAAAGCAGCUAUGAAAAGGCUCUCCAAUGAAGAAAGAGAGGCGGUUCUGCAGGGGCUGAAAAAGAACUGGGAAGAGGUGCAUAAAGAAUUCCAGUCCCUCUCGGUCUUUAUAGAUUCCAUACCAAAGAAGAUCCGCAAGCAGAGGCUGGAAGAAGAAAUGAAACAACUGGAACACGACAUUGGUGUAAUUGAAAAGCACAAAAUUAUUUAUAUUGCCAAUAAUGCAUGAUACCAACAGCACAACUUUGAAAACUGUUAAGUAUUUUGAACUGGAAAUAGCAACAUAUGCCUUCUUACUACUCUAAGUGUCUCCAACACAUUGUUUCUGAGCUCCACAAAUGCAAAAGAUGUAUUUUCCUGUGGCCCAUGACGUUUGCAGUUAUUCCAAGUGAUAAAUAUUUUCAAUAUUCAUAACACUGUGUAUUAUGAAAGGCUUCUAUUUGGAGGAAGAAAAAUUAAGAAGACAACUUACAAAAUCAGGACUACAACUUGUAAAAGGCAUCACUGAGGAUGAUUAAGGAGAAUAGCCUCCUUUCUAGCAUACCAACUUCGAUAUUCUUGUUUUAUUCCACAACUCACUAUGCAUAUCUUAUUUAAAUGUUUUUUUCCCUUUCGAUCCUUUCUACUUAUCUAUUUUAUGAAUUCUAAAGUUUUAUUUGUAAGAUUACAUAAUCUAUUAAGCAAUAAGUUUAUGUUAGUAGAGCUGUUUUCAACCCAAAAUAAGAAAAAUAGCUCUAAAUAUCUAAGAGGAAAAGGUUAUUUUAUGAAAUUUUAAAUUAGAAAAAUUUGGUAAAAUAUAUGCAACUAUAAAAUAUCAGAGAAGUAACCAUUUCUACUGCUUACACUGGUUUUUAUCCUCUGGACAACAUAAAAAACAAAAUAUGGGAGUCUUUCAAGCUUUUUUCGCAAACACAGAAUUUGGAAGCCUUAUAGAAAAGCUUAUUUUGGUUACUUAAAGAAAGAUAGUUCACAUACAAUUUUUUUUGAAGAUUCACUUGAAACUUGUCUGUAUGAGUAUCUUUAUUCCUUUAUUAACUUAGGGCGGAUAUAAAAUAAAGGAUAAUAUAUGAUACAUUCUCACUUACCAAGAAUGGUUGGUUGCUAUUUAGGGUAGGCUAACAGCUGUGACAGUACACUCCAAAAUGUAUAAUUACAUAAACAUAUAUUCAAUUCUUGCUAACAUAGCAGUACUUUGCUGUGAGCAGGUCAGCAGGAACCCUUUUCUGCAGUCACUCAGGGACCCAGACUUACAGAGUGGGUAGGAUGCACCUGAUCCAAAGUUACGGAGAGGCAUGUACAGGCCAGGCCUAGAAAUGAUGCAUAUCAUUCCCGUUUGCAUCGCUCAGUAAGCAACUGAAGUUACGUUAACAAACUAACUCCAAAUCUCAGUUGCCUGAUACAGAUACAUUUUUCAUUUACAUCACUGUGCAAUGCGACUAAGGUUGGGGGUAUAACUCUGUUCCCUCAGUCACUCGGGGGCCCACUCUCCUUUUGUCUGGUGGCUCUAUUGAUCCAGGCCGCCUUUCUCUGCCAGUUCAGGAUGAGAUGUUUAGGUAAGCAUUUUAUUUGUGAAAUGAUUGCUAUACAUACUCAUUUUUAAAUAAUUCAAAAUCAGUAGCAAUGCAAAAAUAUUCUAAUUACUUUAGCCUUAUGGUUAUUAUGCUUUGAAGUCAUGAGUGGGAGUUGCCUUAAAUGUUAAAAUGAAAACUUUGUGGUUUUAACAGCUAAUUAUUUUGCCUUCUGUAAAUGUCUACUAAAGAAUCUAGACUUUUCUCUAUGGUCUACACUAUUGUACUAGGUGGACAUUGUUGCUUUUCUUUCACACAGCCUUCAGAGGGAAACAUUCCCAUCCAUUGUUCCUGGGAGGGUGAUCCCUACCAUGGGAUCCCGACUUUGGAUAAAGCCAGUUCAACCUCCCCCAAUCCAUACACAUACAUACCUGGGUCAUCCUAUCACCCAGAAGAGGGACAAACACCUGACUUGGACAGCUGGCCAGUGACUGAUCAGAUUCUCUCUCUCUUGAGAGCAUGAAUUAAGAGACAUGGAGACUGCAGUCACUUGGGAGUAGACACCUGAAACUAAAAAGUCAAACUUCAUUAUGCAGCUAAUUUGACUUGGUUUCUCUACCUGUGCAAAGGAAGAAUGGGUGUAAUAAAGAUUUGAUGUGGUCUGGCCCCUUGUCUAUGAUCUUUUUAGCUUAAUUUCUUGAAAUGCUGCUUCUUCCCUACCCACUGUAACUGGCAUUCCGAUAGUACUGAGGUACUAGAGACCUCCCAGAUCUGCACACAUGGUUCCCUCUGCCCAGAAAACUGCCUUUUUCUUUCUCUCAUCCUACAUAGCUGCCUGGCAAAUCCCUAGUCUUCAUCAGCUCACAUCACAUUUCCAUGACAAUCCUCUUUGAUUCCUCAGAAUCUGGCCUUCCUUUAUGGCACUGGUCAUAUUGUAUUGUGCUUAUCUGUUUUCCAUGAAAUUGCAAGCUUGUAGGGGAGAAGACACUGUGUCUCUUUUCAUCUACAUUCCUUAGAAUCUGCAUGACAGCUGGUAUAGAGAAGAUACUCAAAAAAUCCUUAAUGAAUAAAGUAAUGGACCGUACCCAAA